GUGAGCGCAGACCUCGGCUCCGGACUAUGUUUUGGGAACUUUCUGCAGAGGCUCGUGCAGUGGAACGCACUGGUGUCCAGCUGGUAAAAGCUGUGGUUUGAUAGAAUUUGCCAUUAAAAGAUGUUUAACGCAACCUGGGACUGAAUGUGAGUCUGAUGCUGCAGGAGAGCCAGGGAACGGGGACCACCGGCUGCUCCUGGUGCGCGCGCGGUGCACAAGCGAUAUCUUUGGCGACGAGUUUAAAUCGAUGCGGCAUCCUCCGAGAGGCGGACGGGACCGACUGGGCUCAUCCAAAGCUGUCUAGGUGUGUCGCAUGUUCAAGUCGAGACGCGCGGGUCUUGUUCGGCGACUCUGGAGAAGCCGUCUCGUCACGGAGAGCGACGGGCGCGAUGGAAACAGACGCGGCGAGGCUGGACGGAACGGCGCGUGCGGCAGACACCCGGGGAAGCUCCACAGACACGAGCAGCGGUCGGUGACACGCUCCGAGCCGGCUCCGAGACUCGCUGCGGAGGCUGGAGACGUGACGGAGAGCGCGGAGAGGGAGGAGGAGCAGGCUGAAGACGACACGGGUGCCAUGUGCGUCCCGGAGCGCAGCGGCGGCGGCGGCUCGGGACCGGAGCAGGAAGGCGACAGCAGGACGGUGACGUGCUGCCUGUUCGGGGAAUGGGCCCUGAGACGUCGGAGCCCUUACUGGGCCCCGAGGAAGGACGGCGGAGGUGGCCCCAGUCAGUGCGCACCAAGGCGCGCGGGGCUGGAGGAGGAACUGGCGAGCGCCGCUCACUCCUUUUUGAAAAGACUCAAAGAGAGCUCUCUGGACGCCUUGGUGAGGGCGGUGGACACCGGCGGGGGGUUGAGCAGCGAAUGCGUCGUGGUGCCGAGGACAGAGCUGCGGAUCGGCGCGCGCCAUGUCUCCCCUCAGUAUCUGGUGUGCAAGCUGUUCCGCUGGAGCGACCUGCCGCCCUCCGCCCGGCUCAAGACGCUGUGCCACUGCCAGAGCUUCGGCGCGGCGGACAGCGCCAAGGUGUGCUGCAACCCCCACCACUACAGCCGCUUGUGCGGGCCAGAAUCAGCUCCUCCCCCAUAUUCUCUGUCUCGUUCAGAUGAACAUAAGCUACUGGACUCAGCUCUGUCUUACACUGAAACUGCGCCCCCUCUUCUCUCCAGUCCACCUCACAUUCUGCCAAGAGACUACACAGGAGGGGCUUCUUAUCUGAAGCGGGUGUUUUUGGCCUAG